AUGGAGAUGCAGACAUGCGGGAAGCCGAUCGACACGCUCAUGGAGCGUGUUCUGUCGAUGAACAUCCUUGCUUCGGAUUACUUCCGCGGUCUGUUCCGACUAAAGACAUAUCACGAGGUGAUCGACGAGAUCUACUAUCAAGUUUCGCACGUGGAGCCGUGGAUGACGGGCAACUGUCGAGGGCCGUCCACGGCGUUCUGCCUGCUCUACAAGUUCUUCACCAUGAAGCUCACGGUCAAGCAGGUGCAAGGGCUCAUCACGCACGCGGAUUCACCAUACAUCCGCGCGGUUGGCUUUCUGUAUAUCCGGUAUAUGGCAGAGCCUAAGACCCUGUGGGGCUGGUGUGAGCCGUAUAUUAAGGACUCAGAGGAGUUUUCCCCGGGGACUAAUGGGAAGAACACCACCAUGGGGAAUUACGUACGCGACUUGCUGCUUGGGCAGUACUACUUUGACUCGCUCUUCCCCCGCAUCCCAGUGCUCAUCAGCCGUCAGAUCAUCUCCAACCUCGAGGCCCUGAAGCUACCCACCCAGCCCUCAGGCGUGGCAGCAUCAGCAGACAGAAGCGGUGCAGACGACAGUGCCGCCCGGCGGCCGCCGUCGGUGAAAGCUGCCUUGUCUGUAGCGUUCGGGCAGAGGGCCCCUCAUAGAGCGGAGAGGAGUGCAGAGAAGGAGAAGAAGAGUGCAGUUUCGGACCAGCUGAAGAAACUGAGGGACCUGUAUGGGGAUGGAGGGAGCAAGAAGGAGGCACAGCCGUCACAGGGUUACAGGGGGAGAGGGGAUGAUGAGGUUAUUCGACUGGGAGGGUUCACUUGGAAAUAG